GGAGGGCCUCGCGCCACCAUGGCCGCCCGUGGGGUCGUGGGCAUCUUCCUCCUCUCCGCGCUCCCUCUCUUGUGUCUGGAGCUGCGGCGUGGGAUCCCGGACCUAGGAAUUAAAGAUAUAAUUUUGCUGUGUGGCCGGAUUUUCUUACUGCUUGCUGUUCUUACUUUGAUUAUUUCUGUGACAACCUCAUGGCUUAACUCAUUUAAAUCUUCUCAAGUUUAUCUGAAAGAAGAAGAAGAGAAGAAUGAGCAAAGGCAAAAACUUGUGAGAAAAAAACAACAAGAGGCACAAGGUGAAAAGGCCAGCAGAUACAUAGAGAAUGUUCUAAAACCUCACCAGGAAAUGAAAUUGAAAAAACUGGAAGAGCGCUUUUAUCGAAUGACGGGUGAAACCUGGAAGUUAAGCAAUGGUCAUAAACUUGGGGGUGGUGAAGAUGCGGUGCUUGAAAAUGACAGUCAGGUAUCUUUUGACACAUCAAACAGAAAAGCAGCAAAGAGACGGAACUUGCCUAAGCUGUCAGCCAAAGUUUCACCACCUGCUGAACAGCCCACGCAGAAGGAGGUUUCAGAUUUACCUGAAGAACCUUCUGAAACAGCUGAAGAAGUGGUUACUAUUGCUCUCCGGUGUCCAAGUGGGAGCGUCCUGAGGAGAAGGUUUCUUAAGUCUUGCAAUUCACAGGUUUUAUUUGAUUGGAUGGUGAAAAUUGGGUACCACACAUCCCUAUACGGCCUUUCUACUUCCUUUCCCAGAGUGCCUCUGGAAGUGGAGGGAGGCUGGUCACUGCGGGACAUAGGAAUAACUGUGGAUACUGUACUCAAUGUAGAAGAAAGAGAGCCAAGCAACUAGAAACUAGAACUGCCUGUUCUACAUGAAAUCAGUUGUCAUGACCUUCCUUACACAGUCAAGGAUUCAUAUUAAAAUGCUGUACCUUGAUUGAGCUCAAGGCAGUUCAGUCUGCUUUCCAUUGGACUAUAUGGACGUAAAGGAUUAAGAAAGGAGUUCUCUCUGCAUAUAUUAAUGUUAAGAAUGUGCCAUUUUAUAAUGUACCAAAUGAGAACUAGGUAAACAUGCAUCCAAUAAGGCACUCAAUGGUUUCGUUUUCUUUCCUAGCUGAUGUCAUUUAUCAGUAUGUUGAAAGACAAAGCCAUAUGGCUUUGGUUUCUGCUUCUUCAAUCCAUCAUAAUCACACUAUAUUUCACAAUUCAGUGAAACUCUUCAUAGUCUUAUAAGUAGGAAUGUUUAUUCUGCUAUUAUUUCUAGAAAUUAAAAACUUUAAAAAGGAUAUUCAAAGCUCCUUACAGCUUUAAAGUUCUUUUUGAUAGGUAUGUAUUAAUCUUUACUUAACAAAUGUUUGAGAUUUAUGUAAUUUUGCCUUGUAUUCAAUUGUAACAGUUACAGAGUUUCGGGUGGAUGGGCCAACUUUUUAAAAAACAGAAUAUGGUAUAAAAGGCUGUUAGCUUUGUUCUAGUCACUCCCUUUUUCUUUUCUCGUGCUCAGUCGUAAGAGUCAGCUUGACUCCUCGGUUUGUUGCCCUUUAGUUAAUGCUCCUUUAUACCUCUUAUGUAGAAUUUAUUACACUGUAUUAGAGCUAUGGUUUUGUUUCCCCAAAUACAUAAUUCCUUAAAAGCAA